GUGACAAAUUUUGUGUUUCUUUGUUUUGUGACGAGACGAACGACUACUGCAUUUUGAGUACCAUUUGUAAUAGUUGCAUAAUAAUUAACAAUGGCAAAACCCAAAACUGAAGACUCUUCAGCUGAAGAUGCCAAGAAAAUCGUUGAUGAUGCUAAAAAUUUUAUUGAAAAGGCCAUUGCUGACAUCGGAAAAACUUCGGCCACAAAGCAGCUAAUUUUAGGAACUGCGUCAGGAUGGAUUACUGGAUUUAUAACCAUGAAAAUUGGAAAAGUUGCUGCUGUUGGUUUAGGUGGAGGAGUAAUAUUACUGCACAUAGCGAGCCAAAAAGGAUACAUUGAUAUAAAUUGGGAGAAAAUCAACAAAAAAGUUGACAAAAUAAGUGAUAAAAUUGAAAAAGAAACAACAGGAAAAUCUGCAGACUGGUUUGAAAAAGUAGAACGAUUUGUGGAUCGCAAAUUGGAUAAAGCUGAAGAUUUGUUAAAGAAAAAAGAAGUUAAAGCUAAACGUUGGUAUCACAACUUCACUGGGGAUGAACACUAUCGCGCUACUGAAACUCAUGUGUUUGUAGCAGCAUUUUUUGCUGGAAUGGCUCUUGGACUCAUUUGCGGAAAAUAAGUUACUAAGUUUAACCAGCUAUACUCGUUUAUACGAACACUAAUUAUUAAGUAGAGAUUUUAUGUUCAUCACAAUUAUUUAAUCACAGAAGAAAAGAAAAAAAUUAAUGUAGGUAUGUUGUCUAACAAUUGGUAAAAAAUUUUAAAGUAAAUUAAGUAAUAUAAGCUUGGUAAUUUCAUCUGUUUUGCACUAUUUAAUACAAAAUGUUCACAAAAUUUUUGGGCUUCAUUACUGCACCUAUUUAGCAUCAUAUCCCAGAUUGAUGUAGAAAAAGUAAAAGUAUUUAUAUUUAGAUAUAAUUGCUCCUGAGUCCUGAAUAUUGUAUAAUAUUUAUUUGUAAUAUAAAUGUAAUCAUAAGAGA